AUGGGAAAUAAAUCAAAGGGUGUGAAACGCCCGAAUAGUGAACUGUUGAAACCAGUUGAUAAGAAUUUGAAAAAAGCGAAAUACAAUAACAGAAAACAGAAUCUUCCUUCACCCCCAUCGGAAGAUGAGCCAUUACAAGAAUCAGAAGAAAGUAGCGAUGAAUUAUCCAUAAGUGAAGAAGAUGACGACUUGGAUGAAGUAUCUGAAAAGGAAGAAGAAGACGAAUUGGACGAAUUAGAUGACUUAGAUGACUUAGAUGAAGAAGUAGCAGAGACUGAGGAAGCUCCACAAGAAGAAGAUGAUGAUGAGGAAGUGUUUGUGGAAGAAGAUUCACCUAAAACUGUAGAUCCAAAUAAAAAAUCGUCCAAGGAACAACAUUCAGAGCAAAGAAAAUUAUUAAGUGAUCGUAAACUACAAAGAAAAUCAGGAGCUCAAGUUCAAGAUAUUAAAAAAUUAUGGGAAAAAUUAAGAGUUACUAAACCAACACCAUCAAAACAACAACGUGACAAGUUAUGUGAUGAAAUCUGGGACCUUUCUCAUGAUGUCAUAAACGAUUUGGUUUUGAAGCAUGAUGCAUCAAGAGUUGUGCAAACUUUAAUUAAAUAUUCUAGUAAAGAUAGAAGAGAUAAAAUUGUCAAUUCUUUGAAAGGGUCAUUUUACCAAUUGGCCACCUCAGCCUAUGGGAAAUAUUUAUUGAUCAAGAUUUUACAUUAUGGAUCGAAGGAGUCUAGAGCAGUUAUCGUUAAUGAAUUGCAUGGUAAAUUACGUAAAUUGAUGAGACAUAAAGAAGGAGCUUAUGUAGUGGAAGACUUAUUUGUCUUAUAUUCAUCUGCUGAACAGAAACAACAAAUGAUUAGAGAAUUUUGGGGUAGUGAGUAUGCAGUUUUCAAAGACUCAGGUAAGGAUAAAACCGUACUUGACGUCAUUCAUGAGUCAAGUGAGAAGAAACAAUUGAUAAUGCAAAAUUUAUAUGGAACUAUCAAAGCAUCAGUGGAAAAAGGUUCAACAGGUUUUCAAAUAUUGCACGCAGCUAUGAGAGAAUACGUUACCGUUUUAAUAGAUGAUAUUGAUUCAAAUGAUUCUGCAAUAAGAGAUUUUAUAGAUUUAUUAAGUGAACAAUUCUCAGAAUUAGUUCAUACACAAGAAGGUUCUGAAGUUGCUUGUACUUUACUCGCUUUAGCUAAUGCCAAAGAAAGGAAAGGUCUUGUUAAAAGUUUAAAAGUACAUAAAAAUGAGUUGAUCAAAAAUGAAUAUGGAAAUGUAGUUUUAAUUACUUUGUUCAUGGUAGUUGAUGAUACCGUUUUAACGUACAAAUCAUUUGGAAGUGAAAUGUUCACCCCAGAAUUAUUACCUGAAUUAAUUGAAAACAAAUUUUCUAGAAGACCGAUUUUGUAUAUAUUAAAAGGUUUAGAUGGGAGAUAUUUUGCACCGAAUGUGAAAAAAGCAUUAAUAAGAUAUGAAAAACUUGCCUACCAAAAAACGUCGAAGAAGGAUAAGAACACAAGGAGACAGGAGUUACUUGAAAAAUCAAUUGAACCAAUAUAUAAAGCAUUACUUUCAACUGAAGAUUUUGAAAGUCUUUUAACUAAAAAUAUGGCUAUACAGUCAAUCACAGAACUUAUUAAUACACCAACCACGAAUGAAAAAGUAAACAAAACUUACAGACCACAAUUAAUACAGAAAAUUUUUGAUAAAACCAUCAAGGGGGAUGUUCUAGAAGAUUAUCAUUUAUUAAACAAAAUACCAUUCGUUUCCAGAUCUAUUAAGUCAUUGAUUCAAGGUAAUACCUACAAAUUUGACAAUGAUUCUAAAAAGGUCAUAGAGAUUGAAGACGCUGAGCUUAUACCGGGCACAGGAGUAGAAUUUGCUGAGAAACUAGUUGAUGAGGUAAUAGAUAAUGUUAAAUUAAACGAUUGGAUUAUUGGUCAGCCUGCGUUUGUAUUAGUCAACGCUUUAGAAGUUUUACAACUUGCAGAUUCCAAGAAAGCUAAAAUUUUGAAGGAUCAAUUAAAGAAACAAAAGAAAAAUUUAUCAAAGGAUGAUAAAGGUUCUAAACUCUUAUUAGAAUUUAUUUAG